AUGAACAUUGUUCUUGUUCCCGCUCCCUCCAUCUGCUAUUUCCCGCUCCCUCUAUCCAGUCCCGACAACGAAGUCAACCAUAGCAAUCUGCGAAGUCGACAUCUGCUAGUUCAGCUCCACCUCCUUCCUAUUUUUCUUCUUCCUCCCAAAACCCCAAACUUCACUCCCCUUCGUUCAUUCAACAACAACAACAAAAACCUUAUUUCUGUAAACCCUAAAUCAAGCUUCCGAAUUAGAGCUUCCGCCGCCAGCGAUAAUAGCCAACCGCUGUGGUGGGCGAACCUGUUGCCCGCCCAAGCUUUGAGAUCCGAUAAAGUUCUCAGAUUGAUCUCCGGUGCCACCGCUAGCCCCAUUGGCCAGUACGUGUCGGAACCCGUCACUUUUCUUCAUUCUCUCGACCCCAUAGUCAAAUUGGUUUGGCUUUUGGCUCUAGUUGUGUUACCAGCGAGGUCACACAUAAUACUUCGUUUUGGAUUAGUUGUUUACUUGGCCAUUUUGUCAAUAUGGGUUCUGCCGAGACAUGCGUGGAUGGAUCAAUUGGGAAGAGUGUCUUUAAUUUCUGGACUUUUGUUCAUUAUGCUAGGGCUGGGUGUAGAUGGCGCACCAGCCCUUGUUCAGUUGAGAACUCCUCCUCCUGCAAUCACAGGAUUAUCAAAUCUUCCUGCAUCUCUGGCAGGCUACUCAUAUUUAAUUUUUAAGCUAGGACCAAUACAGUUUACAAGGAAGGGCUUGUCUGUAGCAAGCACAGCUGCUUGUUUAACCUUUACGGUUUUCCAAAGUGCGAGCCUUUGUCAAACAACCACAACCCCUGAAGAACUUGCAUUUGCCUUGCGGUGGUUUAUGCUCCCUUUGACAAAUCUUGGAGUUCCAGUGGCUGAAGUUAUUCUUACACUCAUGCUUUCGUUGAGGUUCAUCAGUCUUGUGUUUGAUGAGGUUCGUAAUGUUGCAUUGGGGAUUGUAUCUCGUAGGAUAGACUGGCAACAGUUAACAAUGGUGGAGACAAUUGAUGGUAAAGCCUCUAUUGCAUUUGUAUGGGAAGAUUUCAUUGUUCAUUUUUUUUUCCUACUAGUUCUCUUCUUCUCAAUUUUAGCAAUAAAAAUCAAAUCUGAGUUAGGUUUUUCAAAACCGGAAUAGU